UGCAGACAACAGCCCAUGUAUGUCAGACAGAAACCCAGAGUGCCAUCCCUGCACACAGCAUGAUUGGAAAUCUGGCCUGUACUUUGGGAAGACAAAGAGCUGCUGUGGCUCCUAGGAUCAUCCAGAUGAGAAGAUUCCUGCAUGGAACUCAUUUCAGGGUUUCAUCUUCUGUGGAGGAAGCUCUGGCUGAUGGGAGACCGAUCGUAGCCUUGGAGAGCACCAUCAUUACACAUGGCAUGCCCUAUCCCCAGAAUUUGAGCAUGGCCAGAGAGGUGGAAGAGAUUGUAAGGACAAAUGGGUCAGUACCUGCAACCGUGGGCAUUUUAAAUGGCAGGAUCCACAUCGGCCUCAAUGAUGAGGAACUUCAGUUUCUGGCAAAGAGCAAAAAUGUAGUUAAGGUAUCUCGGAGGGACCUUCCCUACGUUCUCAGCCAGGGUUUGUCUGGCGGUACCACUGUGUCAGGGACGAUGAUUGCGGCACACAAAGCAGGAAUCCCCGUGUUUGUGACAGGAGGGAUCGGAGGGGUCCAUCGCGAAGGAGAGAAGACUAUGGAUGUGAGUGCUGACCUGACUGAGCUAGGACGCACUGCAGUUGCUGUGGUUUCCGCAGGCGUUAAGUCUAUUCUGGACAUUGGUAGGACACUGGAAUAUCUGGAGACUCAGGGAGUCUGCGUGGCUGCCUUUGGAGACUCAAGGGAAUUCCCUGCCUUCUUCUCCCGCCAGAGUGGCUUCCAAGCACCGUGUCAGGUGCAGAAUGAGGAGGAGGCUGCCAAACUUAUUGCCAGCACCUUGGCACUGGGCCUGGGCAGUGGAGUGCUGAUUGCAGUGCCCUGCCCUAAGGAGGAAGCUGCUUCAGGACAGGUCAUUGAAGAUGCCAUCCAAGAAGCUCUGAGCAACGCCCGGUCGAAAGGGAUCACAGGGAAAGAGCUGACUCCCUUUAUGCUACAGAAGGUGAAUGAACUGACUAGUGGAAAAUCGUUGGACUCCAACAUUGCUCUGAUCCAGAACAAUGCCAGAGUGGGCAGCCGCAUAGCUGUGGCCCUGAGCAAGAUCCAAACUGCCACAGGGAAGGGCAACCUGCCUCGGCGUGAGAAAGUAACUUCACUUAGGCCUGUGGUGAUUGGCGGCAUCAAUGUGGACUUCAUAGCCAAGGCGAGAAAUACCACCAUACAGGAAGUAUCUUUUAAAAUCUAUUUGGUAUCUCAAGAGUUUUGUCUGGAACAGAAUUGUGUCAUCUCCAUUUCAAAGCAUGUCUGCUUGCCUUUAAAAUGUAUGUUUCCAGGAGAUGUUUUUCCUGCCUGGACCCUCUCUCCGUCCAGAGAGGGAACAACCAAAGGGAGCACAAGCAAAACUUCCCCCGCCCCCCCCCAUUUGAAAGUAUCUUCUUUCCCCAUUGGUCCUUCUGGUCAGGUGCCAACUAGGUUAACUGAACUGAUUAACCCCUUUCAGGCUGGUGGACAGACAAACGCUGGGCAAGUGAGCCAAUCUUUCGGAGGUGUGGGGAGAAACCUGGCAGAUUGUUUAAGCCGUCUUGGGAAGACCCCUCUCUUUAUCUCAGCUCUGGGGAAGGAUGAACAUUCAGAGUCCAUCUUGCGUUACUGCCGCCACAUGGACAUGUCAGGAGUCCUUCAGCUUGCGGGGCACAGUACAGCUACCUACUGUGCAGUGAUUACAGGCAGCGGAGAGCUCAGCCUUGGCUUGGGAGACAUGGACAUCCACCAGCAGAUUACAGAGCAAUACGUGUCCAAGUUCAAGGAGAGUCUGUGCUUGGCCCCACUGGUAUGUAUUGAUGGGAACGUACCAGUUGCCACCAUUCAGUACGUCUGUGAAAUUGCUAGAGAGCACCAGAUAGCAGUGUGCUAUGAGCCAACAGAUGAGAACAAGGCUUCUAAGCCAUUCCUUUCAGACAGCUGGAAAGCGCUGACCUACAUCUCCCCCAAUCUGCGAGAACUACGGGCAAUAAAUCGGACCCUCGGGCACCCUGUGCUGGCAGAGCUGCCGUCCAGGCUGGAGGAUGUUGUCAGGACUGCGAUGACCCUAACCCACCCCUUGCUGACACAACUGCAUUGUGUGGUGGUGACACUCGGCAUGCAUGGAGUCCUCUUGUGUGGCAGGAGAAUGGAAGGGAGUGUCUCGCUGUGCCCUGGAACUCGCAAACAGAAUGCUGCAGGCGAGCUGUGUGCCACCCACUACCCAGCAAUCCCCAUCUCCAGGGAAGAGAUAGUGAAUGUCUCAGGAGCAGGUGACAGUUUAAUGGCAGGGAUAAUCGCUGGGCUACUUGCUGGGCAUGACACAGAUACCUGCGUCCGGAUGGGCCUGCUCGCUGCCUGCCUCUCCCUCCGUUCAUACGAGCCCAUCUCCCAGGAGAUCAGUACUGUCAGCGUGAACCUGGAGCAGGUCAAGGCUAGGAGCUGGCCAGAGGUGAAGAUGUGGAAGAUGAAUUAGAGCUCAUGCUCUAGAACUCUAGCAGAUGUUACCUCCCCAUUCCAACCACACCUGAAGUGCAACAUGACUUCAGAUGUCCACCCCCCACUGUCAAUCCCCCAAUGCCACACAGCCAAUAUCUGGUACUGCACCUCCCAGAAAGCAACAACAACAACAACAACAACAAAAAAAUCAGGGUGCCUAAACAGCUUGGGUUGCACCUUCCUGAAAAAGCUUGUAUUUCUUCCUCCCAUCUUCGUAGUGUAGACGCCAACCAGCUGUUCCUCCAGCCCAGAGAGUUGAACCAAACUCCUUUCAACAGCCCUGCUCAGCCACCACUUCGGCAACACAAUGGAUAGCUCAGACAAUAUGCUUAUUAUAUAUGGGCUGGCCGAACCGCAGCCCACUGGCACACAGUUCUAGGAGAUGGCCCAGUGAUCAAAGUAGAGCAUUGUAUGCUGGGACUUAAAUAUCUAGAAACUUCUAUAGCCCCUCUGCAAUGUCCAACUGCUUCCAAAACACAAAUGAAUGUAAGCUCCCAUCUCCUCACUGAGGUGGGGAAGCACUGUUCUUGUCUUACAAAUGGGGGAUGGGAGGCACAGAGAUUAAGUGACUUUCCCAAGGUCACAGUGAGUCUGUGGCACAGCUGGGAAUGAAACCAAGAUUUACCCGCUCCCAGCCCAGUGCUUAACCACAAGACCAUCCUUCUACCUAUGGCUUUUCUGGCAUCCAUCUUUUUAUUACUGAGGGCAGUAACAAUUUGCACCAUUAAUACAAAUUAGAUACAGUCCUUCGGCUGCUGGCAAGUUGCUAAUCCUCUGACCACUGAGCAAACAAACCUAUGAGAAGUAGGUUUAUUCCAUCUGGCAUUGGGGUGCUCUAAGGGUCACAUCUCCCCCCCCCCCUUAUAAAGCUGCAGGAGGGUUAGCCACUGGCUGACCCGGAGGCAGCAAGUCAGACCCCCUUUCCUGGAUGGGACUUCUGCCACCAUAUUCUGUUCCCUUCAUUUGGAAAAAAGAUGUGUUUUGUCUCCUUUGUCCAUUCUGUCUCCAAGACAUAAUAUCAGAGAGGAUCUAUAAUCUCACCUACAGUGCCGUUACAAACAUUUCACAGUGACAUUAAUGACCAGUGUGUUAGUAGAUUUCCAACAAUAUAUUACAUGUCACCUUUUAUAU